GGCGUCCCCGAGAGGCGGCGGAGAGGAGAGGGAAGCGGAGGAGGAGAAGGGGCCGCCAGGCUCCCCCUCCUCACACCGGGCGGCCCGAGGGUGGAGGAAGCCCCCGGCCCGGGGCGCGGCAGGAGCCAGACUUGGAUGGCUUCAAGGAUAUUUCAGAAUGACUCGGGCCAGCUGAGGAGACCUGGAGCCCCACCGUUUGCCUGGUGCAGCCCGACGCGUUCCCACUCGUCUGGCAAAGGCCUUUUGCCAGAAAGGAAGAUGUGAUCACUAGCGACGGGGUCUGUCCAUGAAGCCUGUCCCGGCCCCCAGGGAGCAGCUGUGGCCAUGCCUUCCCCAUCCUGAGCCCUCCCUCCUCCCGCGCACCGACCUGCAUGGUGUGGGUGCCCCUGGGCCAUCUGAGGACGCACCGCCUGACCGUACAACGCCCAUCUAACAACCACUGCCCCAAGAUGUCGGUGGCCUGGCUGCUGGACUGGUCCUGGUCGCUGGACGGCCUCCGGGACUGCAUCGCUACGGGCAUCCAGUCCGUGCGGGACUGUGACACGACAGCGCUGACCACGGUGGCCUGCCUGCUGGUGCUGUUCGUGUGGUACUGCUACCACGUAGGCCGCGAGCAGCCCCGGCCCUACGUCACCGUGAACUCCCUCAUGCAGAGCGCGGACGUCAACGGGCUGCAGAACGGCUACGUGUACUGCCAGUCCCCCGAGUGCGUGCGCUGCACCCACAACGACGGCCUGAACCAGAAGCUCUACCACAACCUGCAGGAGUAUGCUAAGCGCUACUCCUGGUCCGGCAUGGGCCGCAUCCACAAGGGAAUCCGGGAGCAGGGGCGCUACUUGAACAGCCGGCCGUCCAUCCAGAAGCCCGAGGUCUUCUUCCUCCCAGACUUACCCACCACUCCCUACUUCUCCCGCGACGCCCAGAAACACGAUGUGGAGCUGUUGGAGCGCAACUUCCAGACCAUCCUGUGUGAAUUUGAGACGCUCUACAAAGCUUUCUCCAACUGCAGCCUCCCGCAAGGCUGGAAAAUGAACAGCACCCCAAGCGGGGAGUGGUUUACCUUUUACUUGGUGAACCAGGGGGUGUGUGUCCCCCGGAACUGCAGAAAAUGCCCACGGACGUACCGUUUGCUCGGAAGCCUCCGCACCUGCAUUGGGAACAAUGUCUUUGGGAACGCGUGCAUCUCAGUGCUGAGCCCCGGCACGGUCAUCACCGAGCACUACGGGCCCACCAACAUCCGCAUCCGGUGCCAUCUAGGUCUGAAGACCCCCAGUGGCUGCGAGCUGGUGGUGGGAGGAGAGCCCCAGUGCUGGGCAGAGGGCCGCUGCCUCCUCUUUGACGACUCCUUUCUGCACACCGCAUUCCACGAAGGUUCGGCAGAAGAAGGACCACGUGUGGUUUUCAUGGUUGAUCUGUGGCACCCGAACGUGGCGGCAGCCGAGCGCCAGGCUCUUGAUUUUAUUUUUGCUCCAGGACGAUGAGUGCCUCUGUGCUGGCGAGGGUGAGAGGGACAGGCCUGGCCUAGGAAGGCACUGGCCCAGCGUGCCCCUGGCUGAGGAGGCCUUGCCACGGACACAAACCUGCCUCGGCAGGAAGCUUUCCUUUGGGAUCAAUGCCAUGCUGGAUUUCUCCCUAGUUUGGCUAUUGUAAAUGGAAGUUUCCAGCUCGUAUUUCCUUAGAUGUGUUGGGUACCCCCCGUCCUCUGCUUCCGGGCUUUCUUUUGGGCACAGCUGUGCGUCCUUUCCCCUCCGUGGCUCUAGUGCAGUCCCCCAUUGUGUUACGUUGCUCCUGUGUUUCGCAGUGUUAAGAUUCAGAGCAACCACGAGGUUGUUUGUUGAAUGUCAUCAUGUGAAAAUUCUUGUGGUCACUUUAAAAACAAACCAGAAAGAGAUGAGAACUCAGAGCAGCCGUGGGGCUGCCGGGCUCGGCUCCCACUGCUGCUCCGUCCCGACCACGGCGGCCCCUUCGCCUGCCUGGGGCCAGAGGGACACGACCUCCCACGCCGGCCCCUCUGGCCGCCUUCCCGGGUUCCGAGGCUGCCGAGCGCGGCGCGUCGGCAGCUUUGGGACCUGGGCAAGUGGCUCCCCUCUGCACCCUCCUGGGCAGGCUGGCUGCUGAUGGCAAAGGGCAUUCAGACCGGUGGCGCUCGAGACUUUUUAGACAUCCCUUUCCUAUGGAGCUAAAGCUGGUCCCUGCAGGCCCACUCCUGGCUUCCCAAGGCUCAGGCCCAAAGGGCGGGAUUCUCUUACCUCACUGCCUCCAGAAGCCCCACUGCCAAACUGGGCACCAAGUAUCCCCGAGCGAGUUCUUUCCAGCCAGGUUAGCUGAAAGGAGUCGCUGGGUCAAGGAAAUUCUGGGGAUGCCUUUCUGUAAUGAAACUGGAAUCUAAAGUCUCGUUCCGCUUUGGGGUCCUCUCAUCCCUUGUCCGUUGCGUAAAUGUUUGCUCUCUGGACGUGGCAUGGCCUCCGUGGACGGCCCAGACCCGGGCCGGGCCGCUCAGAGUCGUCACUGCCAAAGGAUGCAGACUGACCCCCAGAGCCUCUCCCAGAAGCUCCAGCCUUCUUGGAAGGAUGUUCAGUUUGCAUCUGGAUGAAAGGACCCGAGGCCGGUCUGGCAGGGAUGGGCUCAGUGUCGUGAGGAAAGUCUCCUGGAGGAAAGCCGUGUCACCAGCCGCCCUAAAUGCCUUUAUUAGAGAGUGUGUCCUGGUCAGGGUAGAUGGGGAAGGAGCUAUGGUCCGGCACAGAAUAAGCGAGAGGCAUUAUCCACUAGAAAAAGCACGCCAGGGUUGGACACCAAUGGGAACAUUCAGGGAAUGGGAAGAACACAUAGAGCAGAGAAGAGACCCCUAAAGGCCCUUGCAUUAGUCACUAGCCAACGUGUAAAGAGUGUUUCUCUAGAAGAAAAAUGUCUAUGCUUUUUUUCAAUAAUUAGACGGUGGGAAAAGGCAGAAAUUUCAAAUACACCUUAAGUAUUUUUACACCUAAGAACAACUGAGGUGCAUGAUUUCUACACACAUUGAAUACUCUGACAUGAGUUGACAAAGCCAACAGUACUUAUGGGUACCUGGUUACCUGAAGUCACGUGGAGUGGAUAUGGAACAGGAGGUUAAUAAAGGACUUUGCUGAAAAGGAGACUGAAGUGGUUUUGUUGGGAUUCUAGCUUAAGCAUGCAGUCUCUGGACUCGAUGUGCUUUUGGGCAGGGAGAGAGAAGCCAUUAAAAUUGUUAUUUCUGAGGAAAGAGCACAACCUGAUUUUAAAAGAGGCAGGGAAAAGCCCAUCCGGUGAUGAAUCAUUUCAGAACCCAAAUGGGGGCCAGUGGCUUAAAUUCAUUAGCGGGAGGCUCGGCUAGCGGGGCAGGGACGGAGACAAAAACUUCCAGAUGCCCACUGGCAGAGGCAGGGAGCCUUAGAGCUGCCUCCUUCCCUAAGGCCUGCCUCAUGUAGGGGGGUCAGAAGAGGGAAAGUCGCAUCAAACAUCAGCAACAUUCUGGUUUAAUACUCUUGGCUUUUUGUUCUUUAAAAAAAUAAAAUAAAAGGUAACGAAAGGUCUGCAGAAGCCCGGGACCUGUGUUUUCCAGAAGACACUUCACAAGCAAUUUGGAUUUGCUGUGAAUUAAUUUACCGGCAGCAUACAGAAGAGGAAUAAGAACACCAGCCUUGGGGCUGUGAAAUUUCUCACCAUUCAGAUGUGUGUGAUCCCAACAAGGCAAUUGCUAAAGUCAUUUUCAUGUUGCUGCUAAGGUGUGCAAGGGGGUAAGUGGGAAGCAAAUGGAGCAGCCCAGGUGGUGUGGCCUCCAACCCGGCAGCCUCCGGGGCAAGACCGGAAGGGACCUCAAAUGUGACUGGCCUUGGAGCCAGCCCGGACUGGCUGAGGCACUCGGCCAAAGUCUUGUAGUGAGCCCUAAGCAGCAGAAACGGGUCUGAGGCUUUGGGAUUCAAGGGCAGUUUCAGGUAUAGGCUGUUCGCAUAGUCACCCAAGUUUGCCCCAAACUCCUCCUUUUGAGAAUAAAAUGAUUAUCUCUCCAGAGAACUGGUGGCCAUGAACACUUACUCCCAGGUGGAUGUAAGAACGGUACGGGACAAUGGAUGGCUAUAAAUUCCCUUCUCUGACAGAUGGCAAUGGGAAUAGCAGAGCAGAUUGGAGCAUUGUUGGCAGAAGGCAU